AUGUCGGUUCGAAGCUAUCUCUUAGAGAUUCGAACUUAUCCUCAGUUGAAAGUCCUAUAUCCCGUAGGAUUCGGAGCUCGUCCACCCCCUGGGAUUCGAACGUCGUAUAUUAUGCAGAAUUCGAAGGUACAUCAUUUGAACCUAUGCCAUUCGGACAUCUGUCCAUUUAGACCUAAGUCAUAG